AUGGCUCCGUCGAAGCAACAGUCUCAGAAGGGACCCAAGAAGGGAGGCAAAAAGAAGACAACCGACCCCUUUGCUAAAAAGGAGUGGUACGAACUUCGGGCUCCAACGAUGUUCUCGAACCGCGUCUGCGCCCGAACCCUUAUAACUCGUACUCAGGGUACGAAAAUAGCCAGCGAGGGCUUGAAAGGUCGUGUUAUUCAACUAAGCCUCGGGGAUCUAAAUGACAAAACUCAGGAUAUUUUCAGGAAGUUCAAGUUGCAGGUGGAAGACGUUCAAGGACGUCAUUGUUUGACAAAUUUUCACGGCAUGGAUCUCACACGCGACAAACUCUGUGGAAUGGUUCUAAAGUGGCAAUCAACAAUUGAAGCUCAUGUGGACGUGAAGACCACCGAUGGCUACACGCUACGCUUCUUUGUUAUAGCAUUCACUAAAAAGCAGGAGGACCAGAAAUCUCACGCUUAUGCUCAGUCUACCCGCAUAAAAAAGCUUCGUGCGAAAAUUGUCGAGGUGGUCCAGCGUGAGGUUUCGCGAUGCGACUUGAAAAGUGUCGUCCAAAAACUUAUUCCUGAUUCAAUUGGACAAGAUGCUCUAAAUGAGGCCUCGACGAUUUUCCCCCUUAGUGGAGCCCUCGUUCGCAAAGUCAAAAUUCUCAAAAAGCCAAAGCUAGAUCUUGGCCGUUUGAUGGAACUCCACGGAGAGGGCAAAACCGACGAAUUCGGUGAAGGUGUUGCGAGACCGGAUCACUACGAGCCUCCUGUCGUUAACGCUGUUUAA